CUCCUCCCCCUCUCGUGGGAGCUCCUCCCCCUCCUCCCGGCUCCUCCUCGACGUCGAAGAAGAAGAAGACGGUGAAGUUGUUCUGGAAGGAGCUGAAGCAGGCAGACGGACCUCAGAAGUGUCGCUUCGGUCGAGGGACGGUGUGGGCGUCUCUGGACAAGGUGGAGGUGGACACGAGCCGCCUCGAACUCCUGUUUGAGUCCAAGGCCAAGGAGCUGUCUGUCGCCAAGAAAGGACCAGAGAUCAAAAAAUCUGAGAUUUUGGUUUUGGACCCCAAGAGGAGUAACGCAAUCAACAUUGGCCUGACCGUCCUGCCGGCUGUCCACGUCAUUAAGAGUGCCAUCCUCAACUUCGAUGAGUUUGCCAUCAGUAAGGAGGGCAUUGAGAAGAUCCUCAGCAUGGUGCCGUCAGACGAGGAGAAGCUGAAGAUCCAGGAGGCUCAGUUGGCCAAUCCUGACAUCCCGCUGGGAUCGGCCGAACAGUUCCUGUUAACCCUGGCCUCCAUCAACGCCCUGACCCCCCGCCUCCAGCUCUGGGCCUUCAAACUCAACUAUGAGGUUCUGGAGAAGGAGAUCGCAGAGCCGCUUUUUGACCUGAAGCUGGGAAUGGAACAACUGGCCAAAAAUGAGACGUUUAGGAGAAUCCUGGCAACGCUGCUCGCUAUCGGAAACUUCCUGAACAGCUCAAACGCCAAAGGCUUCGAACUCAGUUACCUGGAGAAGGUGGUGGAGGUGAAGGACACGGUCCACCGUCAGUCCUUGCUGCACCACACCUGCACCUCAGUGGUGAACAAUUACCCAGAAUCCUCGGACGUCUACUCUGAGAUUGCCGCCAUCACGCGUUCAGCUAAAGUGGACUUUGAUCAGCUGUCUGAGAACCUGCUGCAGCUGGAGAGACGUUGCAAAGCAUCAUGGGACAAUCUGAAGGUGGUGGCCAAACACGAAACCAAGGCGGUGCUGAAGAACAAGAUGACAGAGUUCCUGAAGGACUGCACCCAGAGGAUCAUCAUCCUGAAGGUGGUCCACAGGCGGGUCAUCAACAGGUUCCACUCCUUCCUGCUGUUCCUGGGUCAGCCCUCCUCCUCCGUCAGAGACAUCAAGGUGACCAGUUUCUGUCGAAUCAUCAGCGAGUUCGCUCUGGAGUACCGGACCACCCGAGAGCAAGUUCUCACCAUCAAACGGAAACGAGCCGUGCACCGCGAGCGAACCAAGACCCGAGGAAAGAUGAUCACCGAGACGGAGAAGUUCUCCGCGGCGGUGACUCGCUCAGACAGCCCCGCCCACGUCUCCGCGGCGGUGGGGGCGGAGCCUGAUCAGGUGGAGGAGCACAAGCACAUGGAGAACCUGCUGGUCAGUGACGGCGGCGGCCUCGGCCUGGAGCAGAGAGGCCUGAGGCGCUCCAGAGCCGUUCGCAGUUUGGGCAGGGUGAGCCCGUCUCAGGUUUCUGUAGCCAAGGAGGACACGAGCAGCAGUCAGGACGACCCCACUGAUGAGAUCAUGGACCGCCUGGUGAAGUCCGUCACCCAGAAUCCCUCAGUCAAACCAGCCAGCCCAAAGACUCGCAAACGGUCCCGCCUCAACAGGAAGUCAUUGCGGAGGACUCGGGCGAGCGGGAUCAAUCUGGAGGUGGUCCAGGCUCUGGAACUCAACAGAACCAAGACCAAGUCUGAGGCGAGACUGGAGCCCGUGAACCGAUCCAUGAACUACUGAGUCCAGACCACACCAGACCAGAGGUUCCAGCAGACUUUACUGGGUCUGUUUGUCCUGAACUGAAAGCUUGGAUUUAUUAAACUGGGUUUAGGAUCCAGCGGAUGUUUCCUGGUCCGUUCAGGGAAGGUUUCCUGGUACCAAAGGUCAAAACAAACAAGUUUUUAACUUUGAGUUUUUCAAAAUGCUGCAGAAGGUGAAAUAAAGUUCAGAAACUCAAGCUAAAAAUGAGAGAAAUAUUUGCAAAAAACAAUGAUUUUUUAAAUAAAUUCAUUAACGUCAGAAGAAAUGAAACAAUUCAGUAAAACUUAAUGAAAUAUUUAGGUUAUUUAAAAUGUUUUUUUAAAGAUCACAUUUAAAUAUUCAGCUGUGAACCGAGAUUUUUCAGGAUCUGUUCAAGUUUUUCACUCUUCCAGGUUUCAGUAAAAGAAAAAGAAACUGAACAUUUUUCUGAUCAGAAGUCAGUAAAAAAACACAACAGUUAGGUCACAGAAGCCCCGCCCCUUCGUCACUGAUGAAGACUCUACUUGAACACAUGGAUGAACAUUUUUAUGGACGUUUGAAUGUGUUGCUGAUGUUAUUAAUAAAGAUUUUCAACAAAUGA